AUGAAAGAAACUACAAAGAAAUAAUCAGUGGAUUGUCACUCUAAUAAUAAAACUGACAGAUAAAAGACUGAUUAAAAGGAAACUUACCAGUCCGAAAUCGCAAUAUUUAUCGGCAAAAGAAAUAUCAGAGGAAUGAAUUUCGUUGGCUUUAUGGCCAUAAAUAGCAGUAUAGCUAUACAGUUUAUGGUUUAAUUCAAACUUGUCACUAAUACCAAAUAAUUCCAACUUUACGACAUGACUCUCGUGCAUGUAAUGGUUCACAUCUAUAUUUUCAUGCUUCUUGAUAUCUCUUGGAAAGUCUCCAUGAUCAACUAUACUUUGGCUUAUACAUUGUUCUAUCUCGAACAUGUCAAGAUUCUCGGAUAUGAAAAUGUGCCAUAAAAUGUUCUAACUGGCCUAAUUCUAUUCUUGUUUAUAUUGAAGAGAUUCCUGGUAUUUAAGGGUCGAAUUGAGACAUAACUUGAUGAUCUGUUCAAGGAAAUAGCGGAAGCAGAGAGAAGUACAAAGAAUAUUCUAGACAUACUUCCGGAAGGAAUAUUGAUAUUUGACUCAAAUUUUAAGAAAUUAAUGUAUGCUAAUGAUUCAAUGUUUAAUAUGGUAUUCUCAAAUAAAAAAUAAAAUUUUAAUUCUGAGGCAUCGUUUCAAAGUGCUAAUUCAAAGAGUAACCAAUCAGCAUCUAAUACUUAAAGUAAUAAGUCUUUUAUGCUAGAAGAUUUGCAAGAUUAUGUAAUUAAUUGGGAUAUUAAGGUAAACAUAGAGGGGGACUCAGAUAGAUAGAUGGAAUCUUCUCAUUAGAGCUUACGAUUCGUAGAUUUCUUUUCAAAACUUAAAGAAAGAGUAAUAUUUCAAGUAAAGAUCAAGAAACCAUUGAGUAUCCUGGCUGAAAUACAAAUUUAGAACUUUAAUAAAGGGACUUAGAAAUUGAUUAUGAUAAGAGACAUCACUAUAUUUAGGUAGAGAGAAUAGGCUUAGGCUGAAAAAUAGGUUUAAACUGUAUUUUUUGCAUCUGUCGCUCAUGAUCUAAGAACUCCUUUAAAUUCACUAUAAGCUUCUAAUAAUUCUCUACUUUCCAAAUUUGAAGAUUAAAACGUAGAUUAAAGUCUAAAGAAGGUUCUUAUGAUCUAAAAAGGAAGCAUUUAGUUCUUAAUUAAUAUAGUAGAAGAUAUUAUGGACUUGUCUAGAUUCCAACUAGGGCAAUUCUCUCUCAACUAAGAACAAUUUGAAUUCGAUGACAUUGUAGAAGAAAUAUUUUAGAUGACUGAAUUUUUAGCCAAAUAAAAAAGAGUUUAGCUAAUCAAGGAGAUAAAUAUUAAUGAAAAAAUCAUGAUAUACUCAGAUAAAAAAAGAAUAAAGUAGGUUUUGAUAAAUUUGGUAAAUAAUGCUCUGAAAUUCACCCACCAAGGAUAUGUAAAAGUCAAAGCAAAAAUCUAAAAUUUGAACUAAGACCAUUACAAUGAGGAAUUUAAAGAUGAUCAACAAGAGAUUGAUGUGAGAUUUGAUAGUGAUAUUUAAUUAGAUUUUCUUAACAGAUUACAAUCCUGUGAUAUAUUAGACUAUCCUUACAAGGCUGAUAAGUAUUAAAAAGCACAACUUAUUGUUAAAGUUAAAGAUACUGGAAUCGGAAUAAAUUAAGUUGAUUAAGAUAACUUAUUUAAAAUAUUUGGAAAACUUAAAAAGACUGAGCAUAUUAAUCAACAGGGUGUUGGGCUUGGAUUAAAUAUCUGCAAAAAGAUUUGUGAAUUCUUAGGCGGACAAAUAUCUGUCAAAUCAGAAGAGAAUAAAGGUACAACAUUCACAUUCACUAUCAAAAUUGAGAUUCAAGAAAGCAGUAGAUCCUUUUGUAAUGGAAUAAAUUAGAUUGGAAAAUACAACACUCAUUUUAAUUGUACAAAUCCUUUUGCAGUGGAAUUUUCAAACUCUCAAAGAUAAUCUUUUUCUCACAAGCAAAUACCUCUAAUUAGUUUUAUCAAUAUGGAAUGCCCUGAUAACGACUGUAAAAAUAUUUUAGUUGUUGAUGAUAAUCAUUUUAAUAUUAUGGCUAUGAAUCUAAUGAUUGAGUAAAUAUACAAAGAUAUUUUUCCAAACUUGAAUCCUAGAAUAGAAUCAGCUAUUGAUGGGAUAGAUGGAUUGCAAAAGAUGAGAUUAGAUAGUCAAAAGAAAUGUUGUAGCUCUUGCUAUUAAUUAGUGUUUAUUGAUUUAAAUAUGCCCAAGAUGGGAGGAUUAGAAAUGAUGAAGCAUAUCAGAUACCAAUAAAAUAUCCAAGGAUAAUUUUAGAAUUACAAAGAAACUAAAUUUGUUCUAAGUACCGCUUAAAAUGAGAGUACCGAAAUUUCAUAUUCAGAGACAGGAUUCAACUAUUUUUGUAAGUAUAUCUUUAAAUAACCUAUUAAUAGUAUCUAAGCCAAUAGAUUUAUCGAUUCUUAAAGAGAUUAUAGUAGGAUAAUAUGA